GCCAUGUAGUUCAUGUAGGCAGCCAUUCAGGGGUUUCCGGUGUGCGGGCCCGAAUCCUGCGAAGGAACGACUUUCGCAUAUAUAAGCCAGUAGAACGAUAAAGAGUUGAAUCAAGCUUUCUCACUGCUUCCCCCACGAGCAAUUAUCGGAGCUACUGAUCGCCUGAUAUCGACUUUGUUUCAAUAUGGCAAGCACAACUGGAGCCGCUCCUAUUGAGAAAUGGGGCGUAGAGUCGGAAAAGAAUAUCGGCGUCGACGACGCCCAGGCUUACAAGGAUAAGGUGUGGGUAGACACAAUCCCAUGGGAUUACAACCUGUUCCGUGAGUUGCUGGAGAAAUACAGCAAGGUCGCCCCGGAUCAAGUUGAAGCAGAGAUUUUCAAAAUUCGCGAUAAAGCAUGGGCAAUCGCCAAGUACCCUUGCAUAGGCUACUUCACCUUCUUGCGGCUUCUGGAGUUCGGCGGAGAAAACCCAGUGAUGGUCAAGGCCAUUGAGCGCCUCAAGGCGCCAGGCUCGCAGGAGACUUUCCUCGAGCUCGGCGGGUUCAUUUGCCAAACGAUCCGGCAGCUCGCCUACGAAGGUGUCGACUCAGCACGCCUCUACGGCAGCGACCUGCACCCCGAAUUCCUCGAACUGGGCUAUGAAAUGUUUCACGACCGUGACACCCUGAAAGCCACACUCGUAGCAGGCGACUUGCUAGUCCCGGAUGAAGAGUACGCGAGCAGCGCAAUGGCCAAAACGUUCAACGGCAAGAUCAACAUUGCGCACGCGUCGAACUUUUUCCAUCUAUUUGGCUGGGAUGCCCAGCUCGUUAUCUGCGAACGCAUUGUAAGGUUCUUCCGUCGUGGGUUAAGCAGGGAGACACCGGCGGUCUUGUUUGGGUCGCAUCUAGGCUCCGUUCAACCAGGCCCCAUGAAGGCGGGAGGAUUUAGUGUUUACGCGCAUGAUGAGAAGACGUUUCAGUCGCUAUGGGAUGAAGUUGGCAAGAAGACGGGCACGAGCUGGAAAGUGAGCAUGGAAGUUUUGUCGGUAGCAAGUCCAAAGGUGAACCCUUUCAGCGAUAACGCGAGGCGCAUGCGCUAUAUUGUAACUGGUGAGCUCUAAACUAUGAGCCAGAGUAGCAGAGGCAGGGUAAUGAGUUGCACGUCAUUAUGUAGCUAUGUAGCUACUUACCCCUAUUUCUGUCAUGUAGGAAGUUAGUUACAAUGUUGGUAGUCAAGCGGCCAAGCCCUACAACUAUGAAUCAUCCUGAUUUUGGCCUAUAUCAGCUAGAAUGACA